AAACGAAACUGAAUUAUAUCAGUGUUCGUGGUAAAAUGGCAGAAGCCAGUGUUGCAGUGGAUCAGAACCAGUUCAGCUGUCCAAUCUGUCUGGAUCUACUGAAGGAUCCAGUGACUAUCAACUGUGGACACAGUUACUGUCUGAGCUGCAUUAAGAGCUGCUGGGAUGAGGAAGAUCGUUUUGGAGUUUACAGCUGCCCCCACUGCAGACAGACCUUCAUACCCAGACCUGUUCUGGGCAGAAACACCAUACUGGCUGAAGUGGUGGAGAAACUGAAGAAGACUGGACUACAAGCAGCUACUCCUGCUGACCAUUACGCUGGACCUGGAGAUGUGGAGUGUGACGUCUGUACUGGGAGAAAACACAAAGCUGUCAAGUCCUGCCUGGUCUGUCUGGCCUCUUACUGUGAAACUCACCUCCAGCCUCACUAUGAGUCUCCAGCUUUUAAGAAGCACAAGCAGACUGAUCCUACUGGCCAUCUGCAGGACAAGGUCUGUUCCCACCAUGACAAACCCCUGGAGGUCUACUGCCGUACCGACCAGCAGUGUAUCUGUUAUCUCUGUAUGCUGGAUGAACACAGAGGCCAUGAUACAGUCUCAGCUGCUGCAGGAAGGGCGGAGAUACAGAAACAAAUGGUUGAAACACAGAGGGAAUUUCAGCAGAGAAUUCAGAUGAGAGAGAAGGAGCUGCAGGAGCUGAGAGAGGCUGUGGCCUCAUUCACAAGCUCAGCAAAGUCAGCCGUGGAGGACAGCGAGAGGAUCUUCACUGCAAUGAUCCGCUUUAUUGAGAGAAGACGCUCUGAGGUGACAAAGCUGAUUAGAGAUCAGGAGAAGGCUGUAGUGAGCCAGACUGAAGGAGACAUGAAGAGACUGAAGCAGGAUAUUGAUGAACUGAAGAGGAGACACUCUGUGUUGGAGCAGCUUUCACACACAGAGGAUCACAUCCAUUUCCUCCAGAGGUACCAGGGUCUUCCUGUCACCCCUGAAGCUGGAUUUGGACCCAGAAUCUCCGUCAGUCCACGCUGCUCUUUUGAGAAUAUGAGGAAGGUGGUUUCUGAGCUGAAGGAUCAACUGGAGAAUGUUUGCGAAAAGAAAAUGGCAGAGACCCAUCAUACAGUUACCAAAGACACCAUCCUACCAGUAUUAGUGCCCACGACCAGAUCGGAAUUCUUACAAUAGAGACCCCAGUCAGUAUGUAUGGGCUGCAACACCUCCUACACCAUCACGAUGAGCACCGGAGCUCCGCAAGGCUGUGUGCUUAGUCCUCUGCUCCUCACCUUGUUGAUCCAGGUCUUCACAGCCACGCACAACACCAACCACAUCAUCAGAUGAUACGACAGUGGUGGGCCUGAUAAACAGAGAAGAUGAAUCAGUAUACAGAGAAGAGUUGGAAAGGCUGUCCACAAGGUGCAGAGACAACGAUCUCAAUGUUGACAUGGCAAAGGAGAUAAUUGUGGACUUCAGAAGGACACAUCCUGCCCACAGCUUACUCAGCUUCAAUGGUGCUGCUGUGGAGAGUGUAAGGACAAACCAAGUUCCUCGGUGUGGACAUAACUGAGGAACUUACAUGGACAAAAAACACCAGCUCCUUAUUCAAGAAAGUCCAGCAAAGACUAAACUUCCUGAGGCGGCUGAAAUAAGCAAACCUUCCCCUCCCAUCCUCACCAUGUUCUAUAGAGGCACCAUCGGCAGUGUUCUGACUAACUGCAUCACCAUCUGGUGUGGCAGCUGCAACAAAUCUGACCACAAGUGCCUGCAGAGAGCAGUGAAGACAGCAGAGAACAUUAUGGGAUGCCUCUCCCUUCCCUAAAAGCCGCUUUUUGCAAACGCAGUGUCCGCAAGGCCUGCAGCAUUGUGCAGGACCCAUCACAUCCCUCACAUGGUCAUUUCACACUCCAGCCACCUGAGAGAAGAUACUGCAGCAUCAGAGCCGGGUCUGCCAGGCUGCGUGGCAGUUUUUACCCCCAGGCUGUCAGGCUCCUCAACACCAUGCUGCCCCCCAGGAUCCCUCACUCUGCCUCAUCACUGCCUCAACCCCCCCUUACCUUACAACUAAAGGCCACAGACUGACCCUUAAGCGCUGCACUGCACUUAACACUUUGUCACUCUGACAUGGGGACAAUAAGAAGAAUCCCCAUUAUUCUCUGUCUGCUCCAUUAUUCUGCUUCUAUUCCUAUUUUCGGCUUUUAGAAAUGUUAGACGUGUUACUGUUAUUACAACUAUUAUCAUACACUGUUUUACACUGUGAACUCAUGCUGUUACAAUGUACAUGAUGGUGAAUUCAGGUCUAACUGAUUGCAUAAAAAAUUUAUAAAUUUAAUACAGUUCUAACAAUAUUGCACAUUACCCAAUAUUGCACAAUGUAUACCCCUUACUAGCUGGCUGUUCGGCCUGUGUCAUCUUUCACAUCUUAUGAUUUGGACAGUGUGACUUGGCACUUAGCCGUCUCUCCUAUUUGACUCCCCCUGCCGGCCCCUGGAGGAUGGGCUCCCCCUUUGAGUCUGGUCCCUCCCAAGGUUUCUUCCUUCUUGGGAGUUUUUCCUUGCCACUGUUGCCUUUGGCUUGCUCACUGGGGGCUUUGGGUGAGGAUGCUGUAAAGCGCUUUGAGACGAUGUUAUGUCGUGAUACUGCGCUAUACAAAAAUAAAUUUGUUUGUUUGUU